AUGUCGAGUGGCGGAAACCUUGGUUGCGUGUUGGUGUCGGUCGAUGGAAGCGAGGAAAGCAUGAAGGCGUUGCGUUGGGCUCUCAACAACCUCAAGCUCCGAUCCCCUACUCCCGACUCCACCGAGGCUCCUUCUUCUUUCAUCAUCUUCCACGUCCAAUCGCCGCCCUCCAUCGCCGCUGGCCUUAAUCCCGGUGCCAUCCCCUUCGGUGGCCCCAGUGAAAUCGAAGUUCCUGCUUUCACUGCAGCCAUUGAAGCGCACCAGCAGCGCAUCACCCGCGCCGUACUCGACCACGCCCUCCAAAUUUGCUCCCAAUUCAACCUCAGCAGUAAGGUCAGAACUCAUGUGGUAGUUGGAGAUCCAAAGGAGAAGAUUUGUGAAGCUGUGCAGGAUUUGCAUGCUGAUGUUCUUGUGAUGGGAUCUCGUGCAUUUGGCCCCAUUAAGAGGAUGUUCCUGGGGAAGGAACUGAUGCACUUCUACUAUGCUAUCACAACACUUGAUCACUUUAGGGUUUGGUUAGGAAAUGUAAGUCUGUCUGCCAUGGCAAAUUCUAGUCCAGGCACCACUGAUAUGAACGGUGGAAAACUUGGAUAUCUGAAUGGGGAAGUGAUUGCCCCAGCCGUCAAUGAUCCAAAAUACCGGCAGGGGCAUUCUGAAAACUCAGUGGUUACUGCAUGGCUAAUCAAUUCUAUGUACCAAGUUAUUGAUUUAUCCCCGGGGAAGAUGAUCGGGGGUGUUAAGCAAGACCAUGAUUUGAUUGGUAUAAAUACAAGUCUUAUUGGUGUCAAUUCAAUAAGAGAAUAUUUUUCUACAGCUAUUAUAGUUGAGCUUUGUUGCUUAUGUCUUGUUGUUGUGCCUAUGCUAGCUAGAUCCUGCUACAAGUACGUGUUAUCACUUUCUGUGGACAAUGCUGCUGUGCGUGUGAAAUUCUUGCAGUUAAGAGUGCUUUACAACUGUGCUGUUACAACUUGUUGUCCCCAAUGUUUGACAGAGAUAUUUGACUCCAGAAGGUUUGCAUUCGUUUUGAAUUUAUACAACGUCGUACAUAAAUAUUGCAUUACUAUUGGUCCUUUGUCAGAGUCAGUUCUAGUUGUGAUAUACCACAAACUGGCCAUUCAUCAUGUACAGAUUUUCAAAUUGAGGGUGCAGCUUGUGUUGGCUGCAACCUGCGUGUCUUUCUCUUGCAUUAUCAAUACAUUGUCAAGCUUGAUAAACAUUUAUAUGAUUUAUGACAGAAAUCUAUAG